AUGGCCAGCGAAGGUCUCCCCAAGGAUCAGAACCUUUCCGACCCAGAGUUACAAGGAAUCUUAGCAGGAAACGCCCGAUUCCGCCGUUUAGGCUGGAAACGACUCACUAUCAUUUCGAUAGUUGAGGCAAUCGCCCUGGGAAGCCUAGGCCUACCAUCCGCAUUCGCCGCACUCGGCAUGGUCGCAGGCGUGAUCCUGACUAUUGGGCUUGGCUUCGUCGCAAUCUACGCGGGCUACAACAUCGGCGCAGUCAAACUGCGAUAUCCACAAGUUGGGCAUUAUGCAGAUGUCGGUCGGCUUCUACUGGGAAGUUUGGGAUCAAAACUGUUCGUCGGCAGCUUUGUUGCUCUUCUUGUCUUCGUUAUUGGGUCGCAUUGCUUGACUGGCGCGAUUGCGUUCCAAAAUAUCACUCAAAGCAGUUCAUGCUCGGUUAUAUUUAGCGUUGCAUCUGCUGCAAUCCUGAUGUUGCUCGCUAUUCCUCCGUCGUUCGCUGAGAUUGCGAUACUGGGCUAUAUCGACUUCGCGUCGAUCAUCUUGGCUAUUGGGAUUACGAUGAUUGCCACCGGUAUUCAGAGCUCGAAUGGUUCGGGUGACUUUGCUGCGGAUCUCUCGCCGUGGUCUGCUUGGCCGAAGCCUGGUCUCACUUUCUCCGCGGCUAUCGUUGCCACCAAUAAUAUUGUUUUCGCAUAUUCCUUUGCUGGUUGCUUGCCGUCUUUCAUGGAAGAUAUGCAUACCCCCGAGGAUUAUGAGGUGCAAUCACCUGCUUUGCUGUCCGCGGGCCCCGUUAUCUCAAGGGUUGUCUUCGGCAUAGCGCUUCCAGUCAUCUUCAUUUCGGGGUCUAUCAAUACAACAGUUGUCUGUCGAUAUAUCCACGGAAAGAUAUACCGGGACUCUGUUGUUCGCUUUGUCAACACCGCGAAGGGUUGGAGUACAUGGCUUGGUCUUGUCUCUGUUGUUACCAUCCUAGCCUGGAUCAUUGCUGAGGCUAUCCCCAUCUUUUCCGAAUUGCUCUCUAUCAUCUCUUCCUUGUUCGUGUCUGGUCUCUCUUUUUAUAUCCCACCAAUCAUGUGGUACGUGCUUUUGAAAGAGGGUGCAUGGUAUGAAAAGCACAAUUUAAAGCCAGCCAUUCUAAAUGGUGUGGUCUUCCUGGUUGGUAUGAUUGUUUUUGGAUGCGGUACCUAUGCUAGCAUCGCCGAACUGGUUGAUAAGUUCCAGUCAGGGUCGGUAAGUAAGCCAUUUACCUGCGCUUGA